AUGGCGGUACUGGCACCGGUCCUGGCGCUGCUGUACUCCGUGCCGGGGUUGUGCCGCUGGCUGGCGCGGCCCUACUACCCUCUCUCCGCCCUGCUCGCCACCGCCUUUCUGCUCGUCCGCAAGGUCCCGCCGCUUUGCCAAGGGCUGCCGUCGCAGCGGGAAGACGGCAAUCCCUGCGACUUCGACUGGCGGGAGGUGGAGAUCCUCAUGUUUCUCAGCGCCAUUGUGAUGAUGAAGAACCGACGCUCCAUCACUGUGGAGCAGCACAUUGGGAACAUCUUCAUGUUCAGCAAAGUGGCAAAUGCCAUCCUCUUCUUCCGCCUCGACAUCCGCAUGGGCCUGCUCUACCUCAUACUCUGCAUAGUGUUCCUGAUGACCUGCAAGCCCCCUCUCUACAUGGGCCCAGAGUACAUCAAGUAUUUCAGUGACAAGACCAUAGAUGAGGAGCUGGACCGGGACAAGCGGGUGACCUGGAUUGUCGAGUUCUUCGCCAACUGGUCCAGCGAGUGCCAGUCUUUCGCCCCCAUCUUUGCCGACCUCUCUCUCAAGUAUAACUGCCCAGGGCUGCACUUUGGGAAAGUGGAUGUCGGCCGCUACACGGAUGUCAGCACCAGGUCUGAAAGCAGGCCCCACAGGUACAAAGUCAGCACCUCACCCCUCACCAAGCAGCUGCCCACCCUUAUCCUGUUCCAGGGUGGGACAGAGACCAUGCGCCGGCCACAGAUCGACAAGAAGGGCCGGGCCGUGUCCUGGACUUUCUCUGAGGAGAACGUCAUUCGGGAGUUCAACCUCAACGAGCUCUACCAGAAGGCCAAGAAGCAGUCGAAGCCACGGGAGGAGGGACCUGAGGAGUCCACUGGGGCACGGCCAGCAACCGGGCACCCCGAGGGGGAGACCAAGAAGGACAAGUAGAAGCUGUCCUGUGCUGUCACGCAUCAUCAUGUCGCCGUCAUCCUGGUGG